UGCAACCCCCACAUGUUCUGCGUGAUAACAAACUGACAGUUGAUGGUACCGAGCGGCGCAAAAUUAUAAAAGCAUCGAGCGACAUGAUAUUGCUUGCAUUCGAUUAUAGUGCGACGUUUCAUGCACAGUGCAAAUGGACAAGCAACAAUCCGAUAAAGCAGUGGCUGCGCCAACAAGCGAAGAAGCAACAGCAGCAGCAGUCACACCAUCAAACAACACCCUGGUUGAGUCGAUAGCGCACGACAAGGAGGUGGAGGUGGAAAUGGCAAGUGAGGAAUGGUGCGUGGUUGACAGCAGCGAAUCAUCGCCGCCGCCAAAACGUGUGCACUUUUCCACAGCGUGCGAUACGCCAAAACGUGGCGGACGGGGCCGCGGCAUUUAUUUUGCCGAACAACGACGCGUCAUCGCUCAGGGCAGAGGCCGGCAAAUUGAUGUGGCCGGUGUGAGCGCGGACUCGUCCAGUCGCAAUAGUGGUCAGCAAGCGGAAGCAUCAUCAUCGUCGUCACUGAUUCUGCUAGAUGUGACGAACUCAUCGCAGCCGAGGAUCGUGAACGCUACUAAAAUCGACAACGAAGUUGAAAACAUUGAGCCGCAGCAAACAAGCUCUUCACAGCGGUAAGACGGCAAAAACCUAUUAUUACUCUAAUACUAUUACUACUACUAGCAAAAUCAAAAAACUAUGGAUUAUACUAUUGAACGAAGUACUAGCAUAAAUUCGUGUGCAGUUCGCUACAGAUUUGUUUUUAGAAAAUUAUUCAUCGAUGUUGUUCAAACAUUAUUGCAAAUUUUAAAGCCAAAAGUAAUGAAUUAAUUGUUGAAGAAAGUGAUAAUUUUGACAAAAAUAUUAAAUGGUAUUUUGUUACAACUGUUCAAUUGAAAAAAGUAAAUGUUGAUAGCGGCAGCAGCAGCGAUCAAUCGCAACAAGAAGAAAUCGUUGAAACUAUGACAAACGCAUCGUUUUACAGUUAUACGUCAUUGUUAAUUAAUGUUGAUGAACAAUUAGAUAUUUUGCAAGACCAAUUUAUUAGUGGUGUAGAGAAAAUUGAAUCAACGCUUGAUAAAUUUAUUAGGUAUGGCAGUGGUUGGACUGUAGUUAGCAUCAUUUCAUUUGAUUUGAAUAUUACUCGUUACAAUCCUUUAGCUGGCGGAAAUAGUACAUACAUUGAAACACCUGCUUUUAUAAAAGCAAAAAGAGCCGUUAUAAAUGUAAAAAACACAAAUGAUAGUAAAUGUUUUGUAUGGAGUGUACUUAGCUAUUUUCAUUACAGACGUAGAAAUAUGAAUGUUGACUAUCUGAUGCAAUUUGAAAAUAAUCUAAAUUUGACCGGUAUUAAGUUUCCUACUACAGUGCAUGACAUUAAAAAAUUUGAAGUGCAAAAUUUAAACAUUUCUAUAACAGUGAUUGCUUAUGAUGCUGCUAAAAAAAAGUUUUUCCCGUACCGUUGUUCAAUUUAUAGACAACGCGAACAUAAAAUCAAUCUUCUACUAUUGUCAAAUGAUACAACGCCGAAAAAAUGGCAUUAUGUUCUGAUAAACACGCGUCAAGGGUAUAACGGAUUGUCACGGCUACUGAGUCAUCACUUGUCUUUGCAUAAUGGUCAAGUGUUCAUUUGUCCAUAUUGUUUUAACAAUUUACAACUAACCGGCAUGCCAAUUGCGAUGGAAAAACCAAUCUAGAAAAACAUAUGGAUUUGUGUUCAACAUUUGCAAUACAAAGAACAGUACUACCUAAACAGGGUGAAAUGUUAAAGUUUAAA